UUUAUCUGCUGCUGUUCUUUAUUGGAUUGCGCGUCAUGAUUUUUGCAUAGUUUAAUUUAAAGCACGAAGCCGCACUUGGAAAUAAAACUAGCUGAACCUCAGUUAAAUGAAGGGAAACCAACAAUAUCAGCUUCCGAUCAUGCAAGCAAUGGGGCCAUUAUUCGGGCAUUCGCGCGGGCAAACUUCCUCUUGCUUCAAGUUGUGCUUUCCCUCGGCAUAUCAUCACGUUCUCCAUCGUACAAUUCAUAUUUGGCACAAGGGAUGUUACAUUUGAAUAUCUGAGUAUUGAUCGUCAUUGGUAGUGUAAAAUUAUUUGGGC